AUGGAAGGAAAGGCUUUCAACCUGCAGAGUCUUACCUGCAUAAUCCAGGCGUGGUUCAAUAUUGUGAAUCAGGCCAAGCUUUUGGUCAGGAAAACUUCAACUGCAGGCGGCCCCUCUACCUGUAAGAAACAUGUGUCCUGGAAACCACCACGGGAAGGGUGGAUUCAGCUCCAAACAGACGGGUCGUUCUACUCGUCCACGAGCAGUGCUGCUGCAGGGGGCCUGCUUCGUGAUCACCUUGGAAGAUGCAGUAAAACAUUUGUGUGCAACUUGGGCUCCUGUUCGAUUACUUGCGCUGAACUGAAAGCGGCUACAGUAGGUCUCAAGAUUGCGUGGGAUGAGGGGCAUAAUAAGGUGGAGUUGAACCUUGACUCGGAAACUGCCAUUGCAAUCAUCAAGAAUUCUGUUGAUGAUGAUCACAGACACAGACUUCUUGCAACAACUAUCAACAAACUUUUGCGCCUCGAGUGGGAGGUGAAGAUUAACCAUGUUUAUAGAGAAAUGAAUAGUGCAGCUGACUAUCUUGCAAAUGUUGGUCACUGCUAUUCUUUUGGUACACAUUCAUUCGAUGUGUACGAAGUCGGUCUUAGACACUGGCUCUUUCAUGAUGUAAUGGGGAUUUCCCAGGACCGUUUUAUUACAGUAAUGAAUUAG